AUGAAAGCAUCGAGCGCUGCAGCCGAUGGUGGAGCUUCCUGGUACUGCGCCGUAGUUCUGCUAGCCCUAAUACUGGUCGGCUCCAUUAGAGAAAACUGUCUGGGAUCAGACGAACAGAUCAAAGGAAGAAGUCAGCUUCUCGUUGACAGACCCUGCGAUGAAAUCUACGUCGUCGGAGAAGGGGAAACACUGCACACAAUCAGCGACAAGUGCGGCGACCCGUUUAUCGUUGAGCGCAACCCGCAUAUCCAUGACCCGGACGAUGUCUUCCCCGGACUCGUCAUCAAGAUCAUCACCCCUUCACCUCCUAGAAAGUUGUCGAAUUAG